AUGCCUCCUGUCGCUCCUAUGAACGUCGGCCAGCACGGCCCCUCCACAGCCGAUAAGCUUAAGAUGGGUGCUAUGAUGGGUGGAACUGUUGGUGUCAUCAUGGGCUUUGUCUUUGGAACCGUCAACAUUUUCCGAUACGGUGCUGGCCCUAACGGCAUCAUGAGAACCCUCGGCCAGUACAUGGCCGGCUCCGGUGCAACCUUUGGCUUCUUCAUGUCCAUUGGCAGUGUCAUUCGAUCUGAUACGGAUCCUAAACUGCACGACAUGUAUAUGCGAGCCCAACGUCGACCUAUAAUGCUGAUGGCAAACCCCGCAUGGAGGAAAUCAUGA